AUGAAGCAAAAGAUAGGCCAAUAUUCCGUCUCUCGCACGUUGGGUGAAGGCGCGUACGGGAAAGUGAAAUUCGCGACCAUGAAACAAGCGAAAGACCCGUACGCGAUUAAAAUCUUAAACCGGCAGAUGUUGCAAAGAGUGGACGAGAAAGAAAUGCUCUUACAAGAAAUAAAAACCAUGGCGGAAGUUUUCCACCCGUACGUGGUAAACUUAUUCGAAGUUUUAUCGGGACAAGAGGAGGUGUAUUUAGUUUUGGAGUUUUUAAGCGGCGGAGAACUGUACGAUUUGGUGAAGCAAAGAGGCAAGUUGGAGGAAGAUUGCGCGCGAGUCUAUUUUCAACAGAUUUGUCAAGGAGUAAGGUUUUGCCACUCCAGAGGGGUGUUCCACAGAGACUUGAAACCGGAGAAUAUAUUCUUAGAUCACGAGAAGAAGACGUGUAAAGUCGGAGAUUUCGGCUUAGCGGCGCAAAAAGUGAACACGGAUGGGUCUUUACGAACUAUUUGCGGGACGCCGAAUUACGCGGCGCCGGAAGUCAUGGCGGGGUCGAGACGGUUGAAAAAGCUGAAAGCGUUCGAGGAUGAAUACACGAAAGCGAAAGCGGAAGGAUACGAUGGGAAAAUCGCGGAUAUUUGGUCGUGCGGGUGCAUUUUGUAUUUCAUGUUAACUGGAGAUUGUCCGUUUUACGGCGCGAACUUUGUCGAGUUACAAACGCAAGUGCAAAAAGUUGAGCCGUAUUAUAACGCGGAAGUUAUCGCGAGAAAAGCCAUCAAGGUGCUCGAGAUUAUCUUGGUCAAAGACCCGAAGAAACGAGCGACUUGGCCGCAAAUUUUCAAGAAAUCUUGGUUUCGACAAAAUGGGUUCAAACCGGUGAAGAUUAAAAAGUUACAAACCAGUUCGCGGUCGGUGGUGGAUGUUUCCUUGGAAAAAGGCGUCUCCGAUUCCGUCGUGGAACGAGAAUUGAACAACCAAAGCGACGGGUCGGACUUUUCUGAUUUUAGCAACGAAGGCGACGACGUCUGGGACGAAGACAACGAUACCGAUCACACGCUCUCGAGAGAGAAUUCGCAAAAUCCCACCGCCGGGUCUCCCAAAGGAGGAGGAGGAGGAAAGAGAGGCAUAUUCUCUUCUUUACAACGCCAACAGUCGACGAUGUCCAACUUCGACCGAGGCUCGAGCCAAGAAGUUAUCCGGAAAAUCAACGCGUUCGAACUUAUGAAUUUAACCACGUUCGACUGCACGCACAUGUUCGACGACUACUCCAACGUUUCCAACUCCACGACUCGAUUCAUCUCGUCCUCGAGCGUCACAGAAAUCGAAAAAGCCGUCGUUUCUACCGCGAAAAAAGCCGGAUGCGAAGUCAAAGCCACGCCCGGUAAACCUAUUCGAUUACGACACAACGCCUCCGCGGUCCAAAUCGUCGUCGAAAAAUACGAAAUCGUCCCCGGAAUAUACAUGGUCAACUUCAAUCGAUUGAGCGGGAAUCGAGACGCGUAUUACGAACUCUAUUACGACAUGAAGAAAAACAGCUCGAUCAAGAAGUUAGCGCUGAGCCAAUCCGGCAAAAACUUGGCUUCGGCUGCUGGCGGCGAAUAA